AGCAGCGCGGCAGGCGACCGUACGGCGUUUCUUCCCGUGUCCAAUCCAUUCGUUAGAUUGUGUUUGUGCCACUGAGCGUCUGGCUCGCUCUGUACGCCGUUAACGAAAAUAAUAUUAAUAUAGUAUAUUCUUCAGUGUAUGUUUCGUUAGUUUUCCAUUCGAUCGUUACCCGUUACGUUUGUUUUUUAUGAUAUAGUUUAGUUUUGUUAUUAUUCGUAUUUUAGUUAAAUUCCCAAUUUCCAAACGGCCCGCGGCCGAAAACAAAACGAUAAAAUUUCUUAAGUUAUUUUAAUACAUAUAUAUAUAUUUUUUUUUUUCGUUUACCAACGGAAGUGCGCGUUGGUCGCCGCUCGUUUUUUUUUUGUGCGCGUGUGUAAAAUUAAGUUUUUGUGUAAUUAAAUCAAAUACAAAAACGAAACGCCAGUAUCAUCGACACGACACCUUCGCGUAGCAUGUUAGGCCGUCGGUCGUACGCCCUUAUAAUUUUGUGAUAAACACGGUUUUAGAAAACGGCCUCAAGCUGUGGGCUGCAACGCCCUAUUUGAUCCCCCAUCAGGGGCUUUACUAUCCGCAAAUGGUUCAAGGAGGUAUUGAUCCAUAUGCAUCUCUGGCUGCUGCAUCGGGAGCUUUUCCUAUGCAGCAGCCCGGUCAAAUGGCCGCGAUGACAUUGAAAAUGGCCAAUCCUCAGCCGCCAACACUGAUGCCGGCAACGGUAACUGCACAACCGACACCGGCUCCUCUUCCCCCGGUGUCUGUAGAUAACGAUCCUCCUCCACCGCCCUCAGCGUAUUCACCUCCCGCUGGUCUUAUGGCAUCUAUAGUAGCUUCUCAACAUCAACACCAACAACAACAGCAACAACAUCAUCAGCAACAACAACAGCAACAACAACAACAACAACAACAGCAGCAGCAGCAACAACAACAACAACAAACGGUUGUCACAGGACUGAUGAAGUCUGAGUCUCAAUCGACUACAGUCACCGCAACAUCACAACCGUUGGAAUGUACUAAUGCCACGAAUGCAUUGACUACACCGGUGUCAGUAUCUGUAGCCUCACCAACGAACGUUACCAAUGUUGGCGCUGGGUCCCCUUGUUCAUCUAGUGAAGACAAAAAUGCCCAGUCAAAGAGACUUCAUGUAUCAAAUAUACCCUUUAGAUUUAGAGAGCCUGACUUGCGUGCCAUGUUUGGGCAAUUUGGACCAAUACUAGAUGUUGAAAUUAUUUUUAAUGAACGAGGAUCAAAGGGAUUCGGUUUUGUAACGUUUGGGAAUAGCGCUGACGCUGAUGAGGCUCGCGAACAUCUUCAUGGAACAGUUGUUGAAGGCAGAAAAAUAGAGGUAAACAAUGCGACGGCUAGAGUACAAACAAAAAAAGUGGCUGCUCCGAUACAAUUACCUAAUGUAUUACUCUCUAGGAACGGAGUAUUGCCAAAUCUUGCUGCUGCAGCCGCGUUAAGAGGAGCGGCUAUACAACGUGGUCGAGCUGUAGCAGCAGCGAAUGCGGUUCGAAACGCUGCAGCUAUGGCGGCAGUAGCCGCAGCAUCUAACGGGGGCUUCUCAUCUGCUGGUGCUCCUGGAUUCAACGCUGCCAGACUACCAGCUACCAGUAUCGCCGUUACACCCAACCAAUUGCAGGCUAUCAAUGCAGCUUCUGGUAGCUAUGCCCCUAAAAUGUGUUUCAGCGGAGUUUACUAUGAUCCAUUCCUGGCAGCUCAAGCUGCAGACAGUAACUACAGGUUACAGGCAGGAGCAGUCAAUGAGGUAGCUGCCGCAGCUGCAGCCGCGUCGCCCCUGCUUAAGGCCGCAGCCGCAGCCCAAGGGACUCCAGCUCUGUCGUCGGCCGCAGCGGUGGCACAGGCGCAACAGGCGUCCUAUGUAGCGGCCGCCACGUACACGGCCGCCGCGGCCAGAGCGUACAACGCAGCGGCCGCGGCCGCCAACAAUCCGAUGGCCAAUCCGGCCGCUGCUACGUACACGGCAUUGCCAGCUGGAUAUACUGGGCGUGAAUACACUACUGCAGAUUCAUACUUAGCUAGCCACGGUAUCGGUCCGGUUACUGGAUAUGGGCCAAUGUACAGAAGUGGCUACAACCGAUUCACCCCGUACUGAUUAUUAUUACAUGUUAUAUCCAAGAAAACAGUCUUAACCAAGCGAUGUUAUAUUUAAAAAAGAAACGGCAGCCAUAUACAUACAGUAGAAUAUUUUAUUCAUCAAUUUAAACUUAUGAGUAUACAAAUUUUAAUUUUUGUAAUUAUUUAUCAAAAUGUUAUUUUUUAGGAUACUUUUUAUUUUUGCUGUUGUAUAAAUCGUAAUACCAAAAUGACCCAAUCUGCCCCCUCCCCUGAACAACCAAAUAUUUUUUGUAUAGUCUAUUAUUAAUGUAGGACAUUUUUUUUUAUUUGUACGUCAUUUUUGUUUUCUAAUUCUCAUGUAAAAACGCAAAAUAGAAUAACGUUGAACAAAAAAUACUUAGAUUAGUAUAUAACAUAUAUAUAUAUUAUUAUUAUGGUUAUAAUUUUUUGAAUCUCUCAAUAUUGUGUUGGUGAGCGGAGUUAACAAAAUUAUCAUUGUGUAAAAAAAAAAAAUACUACUAUUUGUUAUUAUGCAAUAGAUGUAAUAAUAUUUUAAGUAAUGUAAUGAUGCAUGCUAAGUCAUUGUGUCAGAGACUCGUCAUCAACAAUGGCCAACAAUAUUCUUAUAUUAGCUAAAAGUAAAAUGUUAAACUUAACAGUCUUAUGACAAAUGAUCUGAAUUUUCACCAAAAAGCUCUCUAAUUUGUUUAAUUUUUUAUUUUUCUUAAGUUCAUAAUUAUAAUUUAAGUUUUUUUUUAUGAAAGCUCUGAACAAGAUACAUCACUUUAGAUCUGUUUUUGUUAUUAUUAUUACCUAUUAUAUUUACAUUGUGUUAAAUUUAUUUAUUUAAAUAGCGAGUACAAAAAAAAAUGAUGAUGAUUUAAUAUUAUAAUAGCGCACAAUAUAGUAUAUAUAUAUUAUAUAUAUUUUUUUUUUCUUCCUAAAAAAAAAGAACGCACAAACUAUUGUGUAACAAAACCAAAAAACUAUUGUGUACCAAUCACUUGAUUGUUAUACUUGUAUCCAAAUUUUGUUUUCCCAUACCUUUGUUAUUAUUUUAAUUUGUAAUGAUAUUUUAUAAAAUGAACAAUUAUAAUAUUUUAUGGUUCCAAAUUUAAA